GCACACGAUUCGGUACACACCACUAUUAUGAAUUGAUGUAGCCAAAAUAUCUAAUACUGCUGCUAUUAGACCCCGUAUAAUAUUAUUACUUCGAUCAAACUGAGAAACAUAUCGUUUUUAAUGGACAUAAGCAGAUUGAUUCUUAUAAAAAUCUAACCAUGGCUGAAGCAUUAAAGACUGUCAUCUCCCAGAGUACAGAGUGUCCAGUGUGUCGUUCUACAUUCACCGAUCCCAAGAUCCUGUCAUGUUCUCACACUUUCUGCAAGACUUGUCUGGACAACCUUUUAGAGUACCACGGUAACUCCCAGAUCCGAUGCCCUGUCUGCAGAGCUGUAACCCAGGUCCCAAACAAAGAUGUCGGCAGACUACAGGUAAAUCUUGCUUUGAAGAGUCUGAUAGAGGAUAUGAAGGGCCAUCAUCAGAUUUGCACAAAUUGUAAAUCCAAUGACAAGCCCCAUGCUGAUGUCUACUGUCAAGAUUGUGACACGUAUCUCUGCACCUUUUGUCUUAUUAAGCACUCUCAAUGGGAAGGCUUUAUCGAUCAUGAAGUCAUUGACAUGAGUGAGAUCUCGUCAGGCAAGGUGUCUGUACGUAGAUACCGCAAAUGCAGGAAACACCCGAAAGAAGAUGAGGAGUGCUUCUGUUCAACCUGCAAGAAGGGGAAAGGUGUGUUUAAGAGAAUCAUUGGAAAUAAUGAGCUAGGCCUUAGUGAGAUUUUUUAUAUAAUGAUAACAAUAAUAGUUAGUUUUUGUAUAGCUCAAACCGCUCUACAGCAUAAUAUUGUCGUUUUGCCUACUUGUUAUGUUGAUAAUGUAAAAAACGUUGCUUUACCAGCUAAAAAUAACAUGAAUGUCAUGGUUAGUACACCAGAUGGAAGGAUGGCAGUAGGAUAUCACUCCGGUGGCAUCUCCAUCUUCUCUUCUGAUGGUAAGCUGCAGCAAACUGUUCUGAACGAUGUUAAGAUUGAUGGGGUAGGGUUCCUCUCUGAUGGUCGAUGUGUUGUGAUUGAUAUUUCAAACAUCAUCACACUGUACACAACAGAGUACACACAAUUGAAUGUAAUGUUUAAGACUCUAAGUCGAAAAAAAGGUUGGUUUCCUCAUCUCACUGUUAAAGGUGAUGAUCAGAUCUAUGUGAGCUACAUGAUACCCAUGAAGAUCCAGAUAUUUUCAACAGCAGGUGGGCAAGCAGUCAGGGAGAUACCAUGCAACGGGUACAGACCAUAUCAAAUCACUAGUUACCUUGGUUCUCUGAUCACUUCAUCAAGGGAUACCAUCAGAUUGAUAGACAAACAGGGUGCUGUACAACAUGAAUUAACGGAACCGGAUAGCUACCCUUUCGCUGCUGUAUCUCAAUGGAAUACAAUCCUGAUAGCCAAGGUGAAGCAUUGUAGAGGUUUGUUGAGCAUUGACGAGUAUACAUAUGAACUAAGACAUAUCCGAAACCUUGUUAAUGAUUACAAGAUUGAGAAGUCUGAGAGAGUUUGGUAUUAUCUCGAGCAGUACCGAUCAGGAAAGAUCGCAUUCUGCACUCCGGAUAGACUCUAUAUAUUCCGCUGUAAAUAAUAGAUGACAUCAACAUUUACAUAUGAUAUCACAAUAUCACAGGGGAGGGGGGGGGGGGUUAAACCCACUGUUGCCAUUUCCUGCUAAAGUAUGAAACAGUUGUCGGAUCAUUUUCUUUCUCGUUUCUCACCCAUAAAAACAUAUUCGCUGUUACUGCUUAUAUCUUUUUAUUUUCAGCUUUGCAUGUACCAAGCAUCCUCUUUAUCAUGUGUAUCCUGUGUGGGGAAAAUUCUCCUACUUGAAUAUCAGACAUAAUGUUAUUAGAUAUUUCAUUAGAAAUCAAAUGAUUCUCGAUCCAUAUAAACGUAAAUAAAAUUUGAGUAUAGUAAUGAUCAUGGUGGUAGUGAUAUAUCAACCAUUUUAAAGAGCAAGUGAUGACCGCCUGCAGGGGGCAUGGGCUUCUUAAUUGGAGCGUGCUUUAGGGGAAGCCUGCAGGGGGAAUGCUAUGAUUUUUUAGCUCUCGUCCCUAAAAGAGUGUAUAUUAUGCUAUACUGUUUGUUCGCGUAUACUUGUAGUAUAAAUAUACAUGUAUCGUUAUCCUAUGCUAUUAUUCUAUCUAGACAUGAUUAUAAUGUGUAAAUAUAUAAAUAUUACCUUCAUGGAAAUGGUCUGAUCUACACUCUUCAACAUCUUUCGAAGUACUUCAAUUUCAAAAUGCAAUUAUAUGGAAUAACUUGAAUGUGAAACACUAAAAAACUUAUUGUAUUUCAGAAAAUCGCACGAAAAAUUGAUAGAAAAGGCAUAGUCAGUGGAUCUCAAUUUUUUUUUUAGCUGGUAGACAUACGUAUUAUGUUUAGGUCUACUGUGUACAAAUAGUUUUCACUGUAUUUGACGCGGAAAUGGUUUGAAUUACACUACUACUUUUUGUUAGAUAUAUAGUUCAAUGCAAGAAUAACUCGAUUAUGAAACAAACACAAAUAACCUUAUUGUAUUUCAGACAAUGGCACCAAAAAAUGUACAGUAAUAGUAUAGGCGUAAUGAGUUAAGGGAUGUCAAUUCGGAUCAUCCUCACAACCUGAAUUUUUUUUUAUAGGUACACCAUUAUUAUUUUUAUUGUUUUGUAUAUAUUUCAAUAUUGUGAAAAUUACCGAAUUGAAAUGAAACGGAGAUAAACGAAAUAGAUUUUGACAUAAUAUUCAGAAUUAUGAGAUAUUUAAUAAUGUAAUUUAAAAUGUCUACAUCGGAUUUUCCCUUUUAAAGAUGAUUCUCACUGAGUUGGCAUUUUCUGUUAAAGUAAGCCGCUAUUAUAUAGAAGUACAAGAAACCGUUGAUGGAUCAUUUCUCUCUCGUUUUUCAUCCAUAAAAAGCAUUUCGCUGCUUACAUCUUUUUAUUUUCAACUUUGCAUGUAACAAGCAUUAUCUUUAUCAUGUUUAUUCUGUGUGGGGAAGUUCUAGUACUUGCAUAUCAGACACAAUGUUGUUAAAUAUUGUAUGACAAACCAAAUGUUUCUCUAUUCAUAUACAUGACUGUAUAUAAUAUUUGACUAGUAAUGACCAUGGGGUGUGUGAGGUCUUUGUCAUUGAUAUCAAAAGAGGGUAUAUUAUGCUAUACUGUUUAUGCGCGUAUACUUGUAGUUUUAUGCAUAAGUUGGAAUAUAUCGUGAUUCUAGGCUAUGAUUCUAUCUAGACAUGAUUAUAAUGUGUAAAUAUAUAAAUAUAACCUUCAUGGAAAUGGUCUGAUCAACACUCUUCAUUUUUUUUGCGAAGUACUUCAAUUUCAAAAUGCUAUUAUAUUGAAUAACUUGAAUGUGUAACACUAAAAGAAAAAAAUGCCGGCAUUUCAGAAAAUAGCACAAAAAUGCAUAAAAAAGCAACGUCAAUUGACCUCAAUUUUUAUUUUGAGCUUUGCUAUUAUCAAGCAUCAUCUUCAUUGUGUUUAUCCUAUGUUGGGAAAUUUCUAGUUCUUGUAUUUCAGGCAUAAUGUUAUUAGACAUUUUAUGAGAAAACAAGCGAUUCUCCAUUCAUGUACAUGUAAUAUAAUAUUUGACUAGUAAUGACCAUGGUGGCGGUAAGAUGUUUACAAUUGAUAUAAAAAGUGUAUAUAAGUGUUGAUCUAUGUAUAACUCUAAUCUUUGCAGAAAUAGAAAUAAUAAUUACCAUAAUCUUUACAAUGUAUUCUUUUUUCUGGUAGACAUACGUACAUGGAUAGGCCUAGUGUUUACAAAUAAAUUUACCUGCAUUUGAUGCAGAAAUGGUUGAACUACACUACUACUUUUCGAAGUAUAUCGUUCAAUUUGAUAAUGCAAUUAUUUGGAAUAAGUCGAUUUUGAAACGCAAAAAUAACUCUAUUGUAUUUCAGACGAUGGCGCAAAAAUUGUACAGUAAUAGUAUAGGCGUAAAGAGUUACAUGUAAUGGAUGUCAAUUUGGUCCAUUCACACAAGUCUGAUGUUUUUUUUUUUUAUAGGUACUCCAUUAUUUUAUUUUUAAUAUUUUGCUUUGUAUAUAGUUCAAUUUAAAAAAAAAAUCACGAAUUCAAAUGAAACUUAAAUAAUCGAAAUAGAUUUUGAAAUAAUAUUAAGAUUAUGAUAUCUAUUAAAUAAGGCAAUUUACAAUUUCUAAAUCAGAUUUUCCCUUUUGUAGAGGAUUUAAUUCGAUAGAAGAUCCCGUCAGAUAUGACUUGUCAUUUACACGGAAAAAAAAUCAAACUGUAUAUCAUUAUUUGUUGUAUUGUCUGCAUGUAAACUUAUUUUAGCAGAAAUUAUAUUUUAUUAAGAAUCGUGGAGUGUAACCUGAAUAUCCAGGUUGAAGAGAAAACGAUUUUAAUUGGUCUUACCAUUGAGAAGGAAGAGAUGGUCCAACGAUCGUAGAGGGCAGCAACACUGCCGAGGGUUGCUACCUACUACGUUUGGUGAUAUGGCCCUUAUGAAUGCAAUGUCUGAUCUUCACACAAAUAUGAUCAAGAAUAAUGACAUACAAAUCUAGGAAGAAUAACAUUUAACUUUUUAAUAACCCUGCUCACAUGAGCUCUACAGAACAAGUUUACCCGUAGAAUCAGUUUAUUCAAAGAUAAAUCAAUUAUGUUCUUUAUUACAAUAAUUUAAAAGAGAUUCGAUCACCAAUUUGAUAAUUCCAAACCCGUGUGUAUGAUACUCUUGAAUAUAUAAUUUUUAGAAAUUUGCUUUACGUUUUAUUUCUUAAGAUGUACGAACCCCCAAAAUAUAUUGUGAAUUUUGGAAAUUUAAUGAAUGAAAUGAAAUUUCGAAAUAUGGAAGAGUAAUAAUAUGACAUAACAUCUUAAUAAAAAAAAAGCUUAUGUGUUAUAAAACUCUAAUAACAAUUCAGAUCAAUAUUUUAUCUAAUUUGGCUGUUAUUAUUAUCAUUGUUUUAUUGAAUUGUAUUUUUCCGAUUUUAAUGAAAUAAAUACCUUAGAUGAGCACGUAACACAUUCUUCUUAUGUACUCGAUUGAUAAAUAAAGUGGUUUUUUUUUAUCG